ACAGAAGAAGAACCAGUAGAGGCGGAGUCGGAGUGGCCAGGCAGUCAGAUAUGUGAUGUAGAUUUUAGGGACCAAAACAUACAUUUCGAAGAUCUGUGAAGAUCAAUCUACGUUAGUGUUCCGAGAGAACAUAAAUACUUCCACGGUUAAGUUGCGGGAGACCUGUCACAUCGUGGAAAUGUCUUCGGGCUCCGGAAACAGAAACACGAACACGGAACCGUGGGGAAGCUUCGAUGACAACCUCAUCCAGGGAAGUAGCUCGGCUGUUGUCGACAUGGAGAACAUGGACGACACAUCAGGCUCCAGCUUUGAGGACAUGGGGGAGAUGCACCAGAGGAUGAAGGAGGAGGAGGAGGUGUCAGCCGAGGCAGCUGCCACUGAGGACGACACUGUGGAAGAUGGAGAGUUUCUGGGUAUGAAGGGGAUAAAGGGGCAGCUGGGCAGACAAGUGGCCGAUGAGGUGUGGCAGGCAGGGAAGCGACAGGCCUCCAAAGCAUUCAACCUGUAUGCCAACAUCGACAUCCUCAGGCCGUACUUUGAUGUAGAGCCAGCGCAGGUCCGCAGCAGGCUGAUGGAGUCCAUGAUACCAGUCCGCAUGAUCAACUUUCCCCAGAAGAUCGCAGGUGAGCUGUACGGUCCUCUGAUGCUGGUCUUCACACUGGUGGCUAUCCUGCUGCAUGGCAUGAAGACAUCGGGAACUGUUAUUCGGGAGGGGACCCUGAUGGGAACUGCUAUAGGAACAUGUUUUGGUUACUGGCUCGGUGUUUCCUCCUUCAUCUACUUCCUUGCAUACCUGGUCAAUGCUCAAAUCACCAUGCUGCAGAUGCUCUCCCUACUGGGUUACGGUCUGUUUGGUCACUGUGUCGUCCUGCUGGUCACCUACAACAUUCACUUUCACUUCCUGUUCUACAUCCUCUGGUUGCUGUUUGGAGGACUUUCCACUCUGCGCAUGGUUGCUGCUCUGCUGUCACGUACAGUUGGUCAGACUCCUCGUCUCCUCCUCUGUGGGACUCUGUCAGUCCUACACAUGCUCUUCCUGCUAUAUCUUCACUUCGCCUACCACAAGAUUGUAGAAGGGCUACUGGACUCCCUGGAAGGCCCCAAUUUGGCUCCUAUGCAGCGAGUCGCUCGAGAUGUGCCUGAACUGACAUUUAACGUCACAAUGAGGACCCUGGGAACCUUGAUGAGGGCCCACUGAGCACCUUCAACACACAACCAACUUUUCCUGUCAGCUAUUUCAUGUUGGUUUCCAUUGUUGUUUGUUUGCCCUUUUAUACUCAGUGUGAUAUUUGGUUUAGGGGUAUCAUUGUUUACUAUGUUCAGAUGUAUUUAUAGUUUCUAAACUGAGACACAAAUAAACAUUAUGGGUUUGAGUUCAUGAGCUGUAACAAGGAAGAAUCAAGAUGGUUAUUUAAAAUCCAGCAUGUUACAGUGACAGAAACAAAGUUACUUAACAGAAUCUUUCUCUACAUGUUGAUAUUAGACACUCGGCUCGUUUUUAAAAUGUAUCUUUGAAUGGUCAUAAAUUAAAUCAUAUGUAAAUAUA